GGAAAAAAGCCACAUUUUAGUCUGUGGGGGCUAGAAGAGCUGUCCACCAACACGGUGCUGAAGUGUGUCCGACACAGAGCUUCACGGUGUAUCAAGUAUUUUAGUGUCUCACAAAUUUAAAGGAUGCACUGGUCAAUGAACACACUGCCCUUGCCUCCAUAUGUUGAGCUGGGUGUCCAUUCACUGAGUGGCCUUCUGUGGACUCUACUGCUCCUGUUUCUGUGGCACUGCUAUCGCAUGGGCUCCGAUCUGCCAAUCCCGGGCCACGCGCACACCGGAAAGCUCAAGUCGGGCUCGAGGAGGUCCCUGAUGUCCCGUGGAGGUAGCUGCGCUGGAACAAAGUGUAGCGCGCGAUCCAAGCUGUCGAGGGGUGAUCAAAUUACCCCCUUCAUUUCCAUGGAAACAGAGGAGGAUGAGGAGCAGGGACAGGGUUACCUCACCCCUGUGCUGAGUCAUGCCUUGUUCCCAGCCCAGGCAUCUGCAGAAGCCAAAAAACUGUACGCAGCACUGCAAGAAUAUGCCAAACGCUACAGUUGGGUAGGCAUGGGCCGCAUUCAUAAGGGCCUACGUGAGCAGGUCAGACUAAAUGAUCACUCUGCUAUACAGAAGCCUCAUCUCUUCUUCCUGCCAGAUGUCCCAAGUGUUCCUUUCUUCCCACGUGACGCUCAUCGGCAUGACAUUGAAGUCUUGGAAGCCAACUACCCUGUAAUCUUGGCUGAAUUCCAGGCUGUUUACCAGCGGGGUAUUGACUCAAAACUAGGCUGGACCUCUUUGGGACCAAAGGGCCAGGCAGUGUUUCCCUUGUACAGCGCAGGUGUCUGUGUGGCAGGAAACUGUCGCUCUUGUCCCUGCACCUAUCGGACACUUCUCUCCCUGCGUACAUUUAUAAGCAGCAACUCACUGGGAUCUGCAGGAUUUUGGUUGCUGGGACCCGGAGCCACCUUGGGGAGUUCAUAUGGACCCACCAAUACACGUCUCCGCUGUCAUCUUGGUCUGCAGACUCCACCCCUGUGUGAGCUGGUGGUGGGAGGGGAGCCACAGUGCUGGUCGGAGGGACACUGCCUCCUGGUUGAUGACUCGUUCCUUCACACAGUCUCACACAAGGGACCUCCAGAUGCCGGACCCCGCGUCAUUUUGAGUGUGGAUCUCUGGCAUCCAAAUGUGGCUGCAGCAGAGAGACAAGCUUUGGACUUCAUGUUCAGCCCUGACCUCUGAAUAUGCUCCUGCACUACCAUCAGACAACAUGCAGGGAUGCCUUACCUUAGCCCUGCUUGUUGUGGGUCAUGCAUCUCAUUCAAAUCGAUGGAUCACUGUGUGAAUUUGUCCUAAUAAUUACACAAGCCAUUAGCCACGCUUUCAAGUGGUGUUGGAUUUAUGGUCUAAACCAGGAAGUGCCACUUGAAUGCAUUAUUAUGGAUGAUGUUAGAUGAUGUUACUAGACAAUUUGGCUGCAAACCACAGACUGACAUCAUUUGAAAGCACAAAGAGAUCUAACCUAAGAAGAGCAGAUCUGGUGUGAAUUAUUUUAAAUCUUACUAUAACAUAUAACAGUAACUUGACAUCAUAUACUAUGCUAGCGAAUGCUAUUUGCAUGUGAAACCUGUCUGUCAUGAUUACUGGAGUUUCAAGCCUUUGAUGCAUGUACUAAUAUGCCUUCAGGAUGGAAGGGCCAUUAUUUAUUAUGAAAUUUAUGUAAAUAACCUGUGGUUCAACCAAAAAACUGUGAAAACAAGAAAAUCAUAUAAAUGUAAAUUUCAAUUUAUUUUUGUUUUUCAAAAUGAAUGCCAAAAAUUCUUCUGUGUUUGCUUGUAUGUUAUACACACACAUAUAUAUAUCUUUGUUUACUAUUAUAGUCAGUGGUGUGUUAGUGGUUUACAUAUUGUAUGACAUGCAUUUAUCAGGGUUUUUGUCAAUUAUAUUUUUCUUGGAAUUCAAAUAGCAAAUAAAUAUCAAAG